AUGCUGUUUCGCUUCAGAGAGGCACAGGCUGCAGACCUCGGAAUCAUCGACAUUGGCAGAACAAGGCGGCCAAGAGUAAUCACUGAAGUCGACUCGAUACCCUCCUGCGAGAAAUGGCGUGGUCAGGUGCUCAAGGAGAUCUCGCGCAAGGUCUCUAAGAUCCAAGACCCGGCCCUUAGCGACUACCAGAUCCGCGACCUCAACGACGAGAUCAACAAGCUCAUGCGGGAGAAGUACAUGUGGGAGGUACAAAUACGGAAUCUGGGAGGACCGAAUUACAUGCGCGGAGGCGGCAAGAUUUACGACGAGCAAGGACGUGAAAUACCCGGCGGCGGCAAAGGCUACCGCUACUUUGGACGCGCACGAGACCUCCCGGGAGUCAAGGAGCUGUUCGAAGCAGCAAAGGCGAAAGCGAGCGAUGAGAGACCACUGGAGACGAGGGAUGACCUGCGGAAACAGGUCGAUGCGGCGUACUACGGCUACGCGCCAGAUGAGGAGGACAAGGACUUGCUCGCGUACGAAGCUGCCAAGGAGGAGGAAGCAUUCGAACACAUGGCAAAGUCAGGAAAGCAGCAAGCGCCAGAAGAUUGGGAGCCACUGCCGGGCGACGCAGGGGACGGCAAGGGCUGGGUAUUGCCAACACUGGAGGAGGUGCAAGAAGAGUUGAUCAACAGGAGACGGCAGAAGCUCUUGGACCAAUUAUAG